AGUUUAGCAAUGUUUGUGAAUGUUCUGCUGUGUGUAUUGAGCACCAGUGUUCUGUGGCAAUGCCAGGCAUACCCCACAGGAUCACCCGGCUGUAAACAAGACGAGGCUCCCAAAAAAGAUUACGAUUUCGUCCCAUUUCACUCAGGACCUGUAAACGACGAGAACCUUCCUUAUUAUGUGAGUUCCACGAAAUCCGGAAAAGAAUGGACAGUGAGGAUUUGGGCUGAAAAUAGUUAUUUUAAGGGAUUCCUCUUGCGUGUUAUGGCACUGAAUCCCUCUGAAACAGUGACAGGAAGCUAUGUUACAAUGCCUAGCGACACAAGAAGCUGUUCAGAUACUGAUGCCACACACAGUAGAGCUGAUACCAAUCGCACGUCAUUGACUUUUGUGUGGAAACAAAGUGAUGAAAUGUCAGGGGAUGUUUAUUUCAAAGCUACUAUAGUUCAUAGUAAAACCACAGACUACAAAAUAACCACUUCUUUGCCCAAGUCCUCAAUAGUGCGAGAUCCAGAAUGUGGUUCAUCUAAAGGAUGCCAGUCUGACUGUCACAGUGGUACCUGUUCCUACCAAGUCACCUGGCAAAAAACCGCAAAUCUGAUGAGGUUUGAAUUUCAACAGGAUUUUGGAGCUGGCAAUAAAUAUCAAGCUUUAGGACUAUCAAGCGACCAAAAAAUGGGUAAUGACAGUGUAAUGGUUUGUAAGGCCUAUGGAGGAAAGGUGGAAUUUGAACAAGGAUACAACAUUCCCCAAAUGUUUAAGUUUAGACCAGUCACCAAUCCAAACAACACAGGAAUCAACGUUAUAGAAACAUCACAGGUAGACAAUGUCAUCCAAUGUGUGAUUGAGAGGCCCAUUAACAGUACAAAUCCAGAGGUCUUCACCUUAUCUCAGCCAUGGUAUGUCCUCCAUUCCAUGGGAUCUGUUUUGGGUGGCAACAUUAGCUAUCAUUACACCACAAAAUCAGCAUCGUCCAAUGUAGUGAACUUCUUGUCAGUUGGGGCUGUACAGACAACAGUCGUAUCUUCAACUACGACAUCUCACGCAGCUACCACAACAACACAGACUACGACUUCUACAUCUAACAUUUCUCCUGACCCAGAAUGUGGCACCACCAAAGGUUGUCUGGAAAGUUGUAGUGGUACCAGAUGUACUUAUAUGAUAACUUGGCAAAAGCGAAAUGAUUUAGUAAGAUUUGAAAUGAUGCAAAUGUCACCGGGAAAUCAAUAUCAAGCCAUUGGACUCUCAAGUGACGCCAAAAUGGGUGGCGACAGUGUGAUGACAUGUAAAGUAGACAGGGGAAUGGUGUCUUUUGAACUGGGAUAUACCACAGGGACUUCAUAUUCCGCUCUUCCAAGUUUAGUGGGGAGUGGAGUCAGCAUCAUAGAAACCUCACAGACUGCAGGCAGGGUGAGGUGUGUCGUGGAGCGGACUUUGAGCAGUAUCAACCCCAAGGUGUUUAGUCUGACACAGAAGUGGUAUCUACUGAGAUCCACUGGACCUCUUGCAAGUGGCGCUGUGACAAAACACAGUACGAGGUCUGCCAGCAGUUCCCCCGUGGACUUCCUGUCGACAUCACUCAUUACAGAGGAACAACCAGAUAAUCUCCUGGUCAAAAUUCAUGGAUCCUUCAUGAUGAUUGCGUGGGUGAUGUUUUCAAGCAUUGGAAUUGUAACAGCGAGGUUCUUCAAGAAUGGAUGGGAGGGCAAGACUCUUAUGGGACAAAAAGUGUGGUUCCAGAUUCAUCGAACAUGUAUGGUUUUAGUCUUUACCUUCACUGUGUCAGCCUUUGUUGUAAUAUUUGUGGAUGUUGGUGGAUAUAGAGAGGUUGUAGUAGAGGAGGGGAAAGGUUACCUAAGGUACCACCCUAUACUGGGCAUCAUUGUCACCACACUUACUGUUAUCAAUCCAAUAAUGUCUCUGUUCAGAUGUGCACCCACAGACAGCAGGCGACCUAUAUUUUACAUUGCACACUUUACCGUUGGAACUGUUGCACAUAUUCUAGCUGCAAUUACAGUAUUAUUUGGAAUGAAUAUAGACAGGUCCAAUCUACCAGCGGAGGCUUCAUACAUCAUGUAUGCUUAUAUAGCAGUCUUUGUUAUGAUAGAGAUAACACUAGAACUGCUAAAACUCUGUCAGACACAAACUGAUACUAGUAGCCAUGUUGCCAUAGAAAUGAAAUACAUUGCUGACAAAGAUGAAAAAAGCAUCAAGUUCGAGGAACGUCCUGUGAUACGAAAGGAAAUAUUUCUGUAUUUUCACAUUUUACUUAUGGUUGGGUUUUGUUCUUCCUUGGUUGUACUUUUGAUAAUGUCCUAGAGACCUUAAUGUAUAGUCCUACAUGUAUGUAUGUAGACUGAGAAGCAGUAUGUUGUUCUGACACUGAAGUGACCGAGUUACCUGAACAGGUAACAACAAAGGAAAUGGUCCAUAUUUUAUUUUUUCUAGUCAAUACUAGUUUUAAAUUAAACUCUGUCUCAUUUCUCUCCUUUUUUUUCUUAAAAAAAAUCAAUUUAUAAUAAAUAACUUAUAUUACGUUGUUUAUUAUACAGUAAAACUCAGUUAUAGCGAAGUGUUGGGGACCUGUGAAUUUACUUCGUUAUAUCCGUUUAAAGAAUUCGUUCAAGUAUAUAUAAUGAAUUCGCAAUAUGCAUCUUUUCCUUCAAGUAUGACUACCAAGUAUGUACUGGGAGGUAUUAAAUACAAAAUUUUACUAGGGGUUCUAAAUAUUUCUGAUGAAUGGAAUUUAGAUACUUAUAAAAAUAUUGUCAGUUUAAUAUUUUGAAUUUUAAGAUAUUAAAAAUUUGUUACAAAAGAUGUAAUUUUCGUUAUUUUUAACCUCUACGGGACAGAAAAUCAGUUCCCUUUAUCCAUAAAUUCGUUAUAUCAGAGUUCGUUAUAACCGUAAUAUUUUCCUAGGAUUUGUUAAGAUUCAGUUGGGGAUUCCAAAAAACUUCGCUAUAUCUGUGAAUUCGCUAUAUUCAUGUUUGUACUAAACGAGUUUUAUUGUAAAUUAUUGUACAUGGAGGAAAAUACAAACAUCACAAUUUUGUCUACCUCCAUUCAUAAAUUAAAUUCAAACAUCA